GUUAUAGGUUUAUAUAGCAUUUAUAUAUUGGUACACCCAACAAUAUAGAUAAAAUGAGCUCCAACUCAACCAGCAAUAGUAAAAUGCUACUUGAAAGUGAAUGCAUUAGUAAUACAUCACACAUACUACCACCAUAUUUUACCCAUCACAUGUGUGUUAAAGUAAAUUAACUAAAAUUCAACAUUUAGAAUUAAGCCUUUAUUGAGUUUGUGUUCAAAGCUUAAUUUGCCAGAUGGAGCUUACUGCUAUCUAACUACAAAAGUUUAACAUUUUGCACCUAUGCAAAUAAUUUCUUGCCAAACAUUCUGUUGCAUGAGCUGGUUAGCUUUUCUGAUGAUUCAUUUAAUUUCCAGCAAAAUUUAUCUCAAAUCCACCUGACUGUAAGCUGAUGAUGAAGCGUUUUUACCUCUCUCGCUUGCUCUCUCCCUCCCACAUGCCUCCUGUUUCCCCACAUUUAAAAAAUCCAAAGUGCAAAAUAAUGUAAACAUGUAAGUUUUUCACUCAGUGGCAAAUUCAUCAGACAAUAAGCUUCAUAUGCUCACAGUAACACACUCAGCAUCAUAUUUCAGAAUCAGACAUUUGUAGAAAACUGUAUUCUUGUAUUCAAUAAACCAACAUAAACUAAGUUUGCAGGUUUUGUUCUUUCCCUGCAGGUUAGAGUCACGCAGUCUUUUGCAACUGCCUUGUCCUUGACGGAUGACUGUGUAGUGACGGGUCUUUGUUUACUCUAUGAGUAAUGAUUAGAUUGGGGGAUUCUGCUCCCUAAAUGACUCGGUAAUUUGCAAGUGAACGCUGCGGAAUCUGAUAUAAGGAGCGGUCUGGCUGAUACUCCUCCAACUAGAAAACGACAUAAUGAAGUCCUGGUGUGCUCUUACUUUCCUCUGGUUGGCACAUUUCUGCCAUGGAGCUCUGUCCUGCCCGGCACUCUGCACUUGCUACUACAGAAGAGCUGAGGUGGUCUGUAACGAGGUUCCCCUGACAGAGUACCCCAGCAAGGGUCUCCCGACGAACACAACUAUGCUGACCAUCCAGUUUACGAACAUCACCUCCAUCUCCGAGCAGCAUUUGAGCGCUACACCCCUGCUGCAGGCGCUUCAGCUGUACAGCAACCACCUGCAGGACCUUUCCCCUGAUCUUCUCAGAGGCAUUCCUCACCUCCACACUCUGGAUCUAACUGAAAACAAACUGUCUGAUCUGCCUGCAGGUGUCUUCAGCCAUGCCCCGCUCCUCAACUUGGUGCUGAAGAAUAAUCUGAUUGAAAACGCUGAUGCUGAGUGGCUUCAUGGUAACAGCAGCAUCACCUGGGUGGACUUAUCUGGGAAUCGUUUAACGAAGGUCACAGCUGCCCUGUUUCAGAAGCUGCCUCACCUGGAUAAUCUGGACCUUUCCAACAACCGCCUGGAGAAGAUCUCUGCAAAUUCUCUGGAUCCACUGACCAAACUUGAGAGGCUAAACCUGCAAAACAACAAGCUAAUCACUCUGGAUGCAUCCUUACUUCAGAGCACACGCAACCUCACCUAUCUGUUCCUCUCUCGGAAUAAGCUCAACAAGCUCCCCCAGGGGCUUUUUCAGGAGCUCGCUCAGCUCAAACACCUGAGUCUGGAUGACAACCAGCUGAGCCACAUCCCUGCAGGUUUGCUGGACCCUUUGCACUCCCUGGACGAGGAGGGGCUGGACCUGACUGCUAACCCCUGGUUGUGCGAUAGCAAGGUGGAGUACCUCUGGAGGUGGCUUCAGAAGAACAAGAAGAAGGUCUUUCUGCCAGAGACCAUCACAUGUGCCAGUCCUCAGUCUCUGGUGGGGCGCUCAAUAAUGUCACUGACAGAAAGUGAACUAAACCUGCAGUCUUAACAUUUUCCAUCCUCAUCCUUCCAUCUGGUAUGCUUAAUGUUCCCAGUACACUCUGCCA